UCAGUCUUCGCUUUGGUUCAGCGAGGAGAAGUAAUCAGACCUACGGAGAUGAGGUCGGGCGACGGCUUGUGCAAGUGGACGCUCAGGUUGUUGAUAUUAUCCGCUGCCUUUUUCGUCGGAUUUCUAAUAGGAUGGGUUGGUCGGCCCUGUAUCCACUUCUCUCCAAUGAAAAGUCGAGAUAUUCGGAGUAAACUGCUGAACGAGAUGCAAGCUGAAAAUAUCAAAUCAUAUCUCCGGAAUUGGACAAAAUUUCCUCAUUUAGCUGGCACUGUAAAGAAUCUCCAGUUAGCACAAGAGAUACAAAGCCAGUGGAAGAAAUGGGGCCUAGAUUCAGUUGAAAUGGCUGAAUAUGAUGUCUUGUUGUCUUACCCAAACCAAAGCAAUCCUAAUUACAUCUCUAUCACCAAUGAAAAUGGAUAUUUGAUCUUUAACACAUCCCUCUUUGAACCACUGCCUCCUGGAUAUGAACAUGUAGAGGACCUGGUACCACCUUUCAAUGCCUAUUCUCCACCGGGGAUGCCAGUGGGGGACUUGGUCUAUGUUAAUUAUGCUCGUCAUGAGGAUUUCUCCUGGCUUGAAAGGGAAAUGGGCAUUAACUGCACUGGAAAGAUUGUAAUUGCCAGAUAUGGGAAAAUCUUCAGAGGAAACAAGGUUAAGAAUGCUAUGAAAGCAGGUGCUAAAGGAAUCAUCUUUUUCUCUGACCCAGCUGAUUAUAGUGCACCAGGGGUGUUACCUUACCCAAGAGGCUGGAACCUCCCUGGAAAUGGUGUCCAGCGUGGAACCGUAUUGAUCACGAAUGGAGCCGGUGAUCCUCUAACUCCAGGAUUUCCAGCUAAUGAAUAUGCAUUCAGAUUGGAUGAAGCUAUUGGCCUUCCAAAAAUCCCUGUUCAUCCUAUCAGCUAUCAAGACGCGGAAGAGUUGCUGCAACACAUGGGAGGAAUUCAGCCCCCAGUGAAUGGAAAGGACAACUGAAUGUUUUCUUACAACAUUGGACCUGGCUUCAAGGACAGUUACUCCUCGCAUAAAGUCCAAAUGCAUGUCCACACGAGAAAUGAAAUGAAACGAAUUUACAAUGUCAUUGGCAAAAUUCGGGGUGCCGUGGAGCCAGAUCGGUAUGUGAUACUGGGAGGACAUCGUGAUGCAUGGGUCUUCGGAGGUAUAGAUCCGACCACUGGAGCUGCUGUUGUGCACGAAGCUGUGAGGAGUUUUGCAAAGCUUGUGAGAGAGGGUUGGAGGCCCAGAAGAACCAUAAUGUUUGCCAGCUGGGAUGCUGAAGAACAUGGUUUAUUGGGAUCCACAGAGUGGGCAGAGGACAAUGCCAAACUGCUUCAGGAACGGGGAGUGGCAUAUAUCAAUGCAGAUUCAGCUAUUGAAGGUAACUACACACUGAGAGUUGACUGUAGCCCAUUACUCAACCAGUUGGUUUAUACCAUGACCAAAGAGAUGCUGAGCCCUGAUGAUGGGUUUGAGGGAAAAUCGCUCUACCAAAGUUGGUAUGAGAAAGAUCCUUGGACGGAGUACAAGGAAACUCCCAGGAUAAGAAAACUAGGAUCUGGCAGUGACUUUGAAGCUUUCUUUCACCGACUUGGCAUUACCUCUGGUCGUGUGCGAUACACAAAAAACAGAAAAACUGACAAAUACAGCAAUUACCCAAUGUAUCACAGUGUAUAUGAAACAUUUGAGUUGGUGGAAUGGUUCUAUGACCCAUCCUUUAAGAAACUGCUUACGGUGGCCCAGAUACGAGGAGGAUUAGUUUAUGAGAUAGCCGACUCUACCAUCAUACCUUUUGACUGCAGGGAUUAUGCUGAAGCUUUGAAUGAAUAUGCAAAAAUCAUUUAUGAGCAAGCCAAGCAGCAUCAAUUGCAGCUUGACAAAUAUCAAGUCACCUUUGAUUCUCUGUUCUCCGCUGCACAUAAUUUUACACGUGUUGCCUCAGAGUUUCAUGAACGAUUAAAAAUGAUUGACACCACUAACCCCCUAGUGGUACGAAUGAUAAAUGAUCGGUUAAUGCUGUUGGAAAGAUCCUUCAUUCAUCCUCUGGGAUUACCAGGGAGACCCUUCUACAGGCAUAUCAUUUAUGCUCCCAGUGCCCACAAUAAGUACGCAGGAAUAUCCUUUCCGGGAAUCUAUGAUGCAUUGUUUGACAUAGCAUAUGCCCCAGAUCAACGCAAAGCCUGGCAAGAAGUGAAAAAGCAGAUUGCUAUUGCUUCCUUUACAGUGCAGGCUUCUGCUGAGACAUUGAAGCAAAUAUAAUUUUACUUGGUUUUUUGACAAUGAAAUUAUCUGUAUGGAUGGCAUGCAGAAUAAUGUUUUUCACUGUACCUCAGUGCAUAUGACAAUAAUAAACCAAUUUACUUUGAGAUGCUGUGGAAAAGAAAUUGGACAUGGAGCUAAAGAUGUAGCAUUAACCCAUCCCAUCUUGAUUAACCAUUUGACAAUAUUAAUGGAUUUAUCAAAUCAAGCUAUCUUUCAAGCAAAACACAUGUUAUUUAUCACUAUGUUUACUAUAAUCUAACCUACAGAUGUGCUAAUUCUCAUGUUCUGAUUUAGUUGGAUCAUAUUAAAAGCCAUUGUAAUCAAUCUUGGUACACAACAGGAUAACUCAGGUGAAAUGUGAAUUUUGAAUGAAAAUCUACUUUCUAAAUCAUAGAAAACAUGUCUCAUUUGUAUGUGGAGAAACCAGCAAGUAGAUUUCAGAAACUGUAAUCAAUAUUCAAAUGCCAGAAUCAUGAAAAUUUAUCAGUUUAAAAUAGCAAUGACAAGUCUCAGAGUUGUUGCUAUCAAUUUUAUGUUUAAAUUCAAUUGAAUAUAGACAGCUGACCUUGCAUCAUAACUAUCAGAAUGUUUAUAGCCUCAAUAAUGUGUGCCUUUUUAAGUUAUGUAUUUACGUCACUAUAGGACUCAAAAGUCCAGAGUAUAACCUUCUCUGGUUCAUUUGUAUUUUUCAGUA